AUGGCCUCCCACCGCAUCGGCGCCCGCGUCGCGGGCCUCUCGCCAGCGCAGCUGUGCGCCAUCAUCGAGGCGCAGGCGAGCGCGAGCGACGCCGCGCUGCGCGUGGCGGAGGAGCACGCCGCACGGCUCGUGGAGCAGCCCGAGUGGGUGCUCUCCGAGGUCCUCCUCUCGCCGGACCUCGCCCCGCACAUCCUCGCCCAGCUGCCGACCAAGGAGCACGCCGCCAAGGGGACGCUAGUUGUAGUUCCAAUUCACGCUCUGACACGCUAA